GUCGAGCGGGGGCAGGAGAGAACCCGCCCCCGGGGGGUGGCAGGGCCGCCUCUCCCGCCGCCACCGCACUGUCGCCCUCCGAGCUCGCUGCCGUGGAGGACGCGACGCGUAGGCGAGAGGCGGCGCUGCGCCAGCACACGUUCUUCCUGCUCAGGGUGCUGCUUCGCCGCGGAGUCGACCUCGCGCCACGGGACAAGGCGGGCACGAGCGACCCGUACGUCAAGUUCAAGGUGGGCGGGCGGCUGCUGUACAAGUCGCGCACCAUCUACCGCGACCUCAACCCAGUGUGGGACGAGUCCUUCUGCCUGCCCAUCGAGGACCCCUUCACGCCCGUCCACAUCAAGGUGUUUGAUUAUGACUGGGGCCUGCAGGACGACUUCAUGGGCUCCGCCUACCUCGACGUCAGCAAGCUGGACCUGGGCAGGGCGACCGAGAUAACGCUGCCACUGCGUGACCCGGCCAAGACGACGGAGUACCUGGGCGAGCUGCAGCUCACGGCGACGCUGUGGCCGCGCUCCCAGGAGGACAAGGAGCAGUAUUUCCAGCGUAACACUAAACUGAGUGAUGUUAAUCGCCGCCUGAAGAGCCAAAUCUGGAGUUCUGUAGUUACAAUCGUUCUUGUGGAAGGGAAGAAUCUCCUGCCAAUGGACAUUGAUGGCUUCAGUGACCCAUAUGCCAAGUUCAGACUUGGCAAUGAGAAAUAUAAGAGCAAAGUAGUCUAUAAAAGCCUUAAUCCUAGUUGGCUAGAACAGUUUGAUCUGCAUAUGUAUGAUGAUCAGUCACAAGAAUUAGAAAUAACAAUUUGGGAUAAAGAUCGCUCUAAAGAUGAUUUUAUGGGCAGAUGUAUGAUAGAUUUAACAAACUUUGAACGAGAAAAGACUCACCGUAUCUGGCAAGAGCUUGAGGAUGGAGCUGGUUCCAUAUUUCUGUUGUUGACAAUAAGUGGUACAACAGCAUCUGAGACAAUCUCAGAUCUUACAACUUAUGAAGAAAAUCCGAAGGAAAGAGAAAAGUUGCAUCAUCGAUAUGCUCUUGUGAAUAGUUUGCAGAAUCUACGUGAUGUUGGUCACUUGACUGUAAAAGUUUUCAGAGCUCAAGGUCUGGCAGCAGCAGAUCUUGGUGGAAAAUCAGAUCCAUUCUGUGUACUUGAACUUGUAAAUGCUCGUUUACAGACACAGACAGAGUAUAAGACACUGUCACCAUCAUGGCAGAAGAUAUUCACAUUCAAUGUGAAAGAUAUCAACUCUGUGCUGGAAGUAACUGUAUAUGAUGAAGACAGGGAUCAUAAAGUUGAGUUCCUAGGAAAAGUGGCAAUCCCACUCCUAAGGAUAAGAAAUGGGGAGAAAAAGUGGUAUGCCCUAAAAGACAAGAAACUACAUGGACGAGCUAAAGGAAACUGUCCACAAAUAUUAUUGGAAAUGACUGUGAUCUGGAACCCUAUUCGUGCAAGUGUGAGAACAUUAAAUCCAAAAGAAGAAAAAUAUAUGCAAGGAGAAGUAAAAUUCAAACGCCAAGUCUUUGUCAGGAAUGUAAUGAGGCUAAAGGCAAUCAUUAUGAACAUCAUAGACAUAACAAAAUAUGUUCAGAGCUGUUUUGAGUGGGAAUCGACACCAAGAAGUAUUAUAUCAUUUGUGAUUUUCAUAUUUCUGUGUUACUAUUUUGAGCCAUAUAUGAUUCCAGUAGCACUGCUGCUGAUCUUCUUCAAGUCAUAUAUAGUCAUGUCACUGACUGGCAGCUGGACAGUACAUGAUGAAGAUGAAGAGCCACUUGGGGAUGAUGAUGAUGAAGAAGAUGACAAAGAUAAGGAGGAGAAGAAGAGCCUGAAGGAAAGGCUGCAGGCCAUUCAGGAAGUGACACAAAGUGUUCAGAAUGCUAUAGGGUACAUUGCAUCAUUAGGGGAGAGCAUUAAAAACACAUUCAACUUUACAGUUCCAUACUUAUCAGCCCUGGCAAUCAUGAUGUGCUUAGCUGGGGCCAUCGUUCUGUACCUUGUGCCAGUUCGAUACCUUAUAAUGGCAUGGGGAAUCAACAAAUUUUCUCGAAAGCUGGUUCGCCCUCAUACCGUCCCUAAUAAUGAAGUACUGGACCUGUUGUCUAGAGUACCUGAUGAUGAGGAUCUGAUUGCUUACAGGGAACUGAAACCUCAUCCCACCAGUGAUCUUGAAAGGCGGAGAGAUCAAAAGAAGAAACAUAAAGUCUCGUAACCUCUGCCAGUGGUGUUUGACACUAGGUGCACAGCAGUGGUACAUAUGUCACAAGCAUUAUGUGAAUCCUGAGGGGUGAAUCAUUCAUUCACUCCAUACACUGAAGAACCUUGUGUAUGCCUGUGAGGUUAAAAUUACAGUCAUGCAUAUUCUGAGAGUAUACUUCAGUCAUUCUGAUUCCCUUAUGAAAGACUCUGUGUGCAUAUAACUGUGAUGAGACUGACUUAUUAUCCUUACAACCUCAUAGCCUUUUUUAUUUAUGGACUGUUCACAUUUUUUACUAUUAACAUUCCUACUUUAAUACUUCCAGUUUCAUUAAAAAUAACUCUAAUUCCAUGUAUGUUUGUAGUGACUGGUCUCUGUUUCUGAUUGUGGUCUAGCUCUUUGUGUGUGUGUGUGUGUGUGUGUGUGUGUGUGUGUGUAUGUGUGUGUGUGUGUGUGUGUGUGUGUGUGUGUGUGAGGUACAAGUUUUGUCAGUUUUUUGGAAACUUACUUUUAGUAAAAAUGAGAACAGAGAAGAAAGAGAAUGCAAUGAUAUGAGCAUAGUGUUAGGACUUUCAUAUUCCAGCUUUGUAAAGGGUCUCAAAAAAUUUUAAUACGUGGCCUAAUAAAUUUUUUAAGCACUCAUAUUCAGAUCCUUAAAUAAUACUGUUUAUGUUAAGAGGUAAUUUGAAUUGUUAUUACAUAAGCACAAUAUUAAAAAUCUAUCUUUUACUCUGAGAUUUGCCCACAUUGAAAUGCUUUUACAACUGCACAAAAGUGUGUCUAAGCCAAAGUAAGUGCCAUGCAGUGCAGUUCAUAUAUGCAGUGCUUCUAUAUAUAUGUCGUUGUCUUCCUGAAUUCUGUUACUGCAAGGAUACAGAAUUGAAAAUUCUUUUUAUGAAAAGAAAUAUUGAUCUGCACAAAUGCUAUUCUUCCUUGCCAGACAAUUUGUGUAAAGAAUUCUUCUUCAUUUUUCUGUUUCUGUUUUCCAUCACUGUGUUACACAAAUUUUAAAAGGACAAAUAGUGCUUUAAAUGUUCCUUCUGGGUUUUAAUAAAGCUGUGACUGACAGUGCUUUUUGUAUGAACUUGUUUUUGUCCACAGAAUUUUAAAAUAAUAAUAAAUGUUACAUAUAAUGAACAAUAUGAGUACAGUAUAAAAUAUGACAGUUAAUUCAGAUGGAACACCAAGCUAAAAGAGAACAUAACUUGUAUAAACAAAUAAAAUAUUAUGAAUAUGAGAGCUGCAGUAUAAUUAUAUUGUCAAGUGAUUUGUGACUGCAUCAAGGCAUUAGAAAAUAUUUGCUUCUAAAAUAUUCACAUCAUGUGUACCUUAAAUAGAUAUUACCAGAGCAGUGCAGCCAAGCACCUGUUUCUAAAUAAAACAUUAAAAAAAUGUUUCUUGUUGUGACAGAGUCUCAUGUGUGAAGGCUUGGCAUAAAAUACUGUCAAAUGGAGGAGCUUACAACAAGCGAAAUAUUUAAAUGUAUUUUGUUACAGUCUAUAAAGUUUAGCAUUUUCAUCAAGUAACUGCUUUUGAAAAAAUGUGGAACAUCUUCAGAUCUAUUACAGAUAAAUAAGAGGCAUGGUAAUUAACUUCAUAUACUGUGUAUAAUUUUAUCUUUGUAACAACUCGUUUUAGAAGUACUGAUUUUGUCAUCUUGGUGUCCAUUACAUAGACAGUGACACCUCUGAAUUUCUUCUUGUGUCUUUCUCCACUCCCCUAUAAAUCCAGCUACAUCUAUUCUGUGUAUCUUAUGGCCACUUGAGUGCUGUGCGCAUUACCUGCAAAUGGUUGGCUGCUCUGCUGUUGGCUUCAGCAAAUACACUGUUUUACUUCAUCAAAUGUGUGUAAUACAAAAUCUUAAACAUGGCUGCAAAUUAGCAGCUGUGUAAAUCUUAAGAAGUUGGAAAAACUCAGCCAACCAGUUGCAAAACAAAGGUUUAUUAGCCCUUGACCCAAGUUUCAAUAUUUCUAAAAAUAUCUUCUGCAUAAGGAGUGGGCCUUGUUACAUAACAUGAUGGUACAUUAAAACAGCAGAAGCUGAGUGGCUCUUGCCAUAUAUAAAAUUGACAAAUUACCCCAAGCCAUAGCUUUAGAUAGCAGCCAGUUUACAUUUAGUAUACUCCAGAAUGAAUGCUCACUGGUAAAUGUCCACAGGUAGAGGCUCUUGAAAACGUAAAAUUAUAACAGGAAACACAGGAUAAAAGUUUGUCUGUGAUAAGUAUACAUCAUGCUAGAGACAGAGCCUCUGGGAUUUCCUGGUGAGCAUUCAUUCUGAAGUACAGUAAAUGUAAUCUGGCUGCUAUCUAAAGUCAUGGCUUUGGAUAAUUCUUGUUUUUGUCAAUUUCAUAUAUGAUAAGCGACACUUGGCUUCAGCUAUUCUAAUCUACCAUCAUGUGAUGUAACAAGGCCCACUCCUUCUGAAGAAGAUAUUUUUAGAAAUAUCAUAACCUACAUCAAAAGAUAAUAAGGGCUAGCCGGCCGGAGUGGCCGUGCAGUUCCAGAUGCUACAGUCUGGAGCCGAGCGACCGCUACGGUCGCAGGUUCGAAUCCUGCCUCGGGCAUGAAUGUGUGUAAUGUUCUUAGGUUAGUUAGGUUUAAUUAGUUCUAAGUUCUAGGUGACUGAUGACCUCAGAAGUUAAAUUGCAUAGUGCUCAGAGCCAUUUGAGCCAAUAAGGGCUAAUAAACCCUUGUGCUGCAACUGGUUGGCUGAUUUUUUCAACCUCUUCAUGUGUGUAUUAGAUUGGUUAGAGACCAUCACGCUUAGUGAGACUUUUACCUUUAACAGAUCUGAAGAACUUGAGUACUUCUACAAUAACGGAUGACACUGUAAAAGAAGUGUAACAUUAGACUGUAACAAAAAAUAUUUCAGUUACUGAUGUUCUGAAUUUCAUUCUUCAAUAUUGUAUUAUUUUUCGCUAUAUAAAAAACAGAGAUCAAUUGUACCCUGUCUUUUAUCAUAUAUUGUGAUUAAGUUCAAUAUCUGCCAACUUUAUGUGCUAUUAUUUAAAUCUUUUAUGAACAUGCAAACUCAAAACACAAUUUUGUUAUCUCCCUUAUUAGCAUAAAAGUAAGAUUUACUCAAAUUAAUCCAUCUUUUUUAAGUUUAAUGUAGCUAAAGAAGUCAAUUAUGCAUUGGAAAAAGGUCCCUCAUAAUUCUGCUGUAAUAGAUGGGUGUAUCCAUUUUUGCUUUCAUGGAUAUGUUCAUUAUCUCCAUGCUGAAAUAAAAUAACUGCUGAAAUUAUUGUCUCAAUUGUGGUAUACUGGUACUAAUUGGGGUGGGUGGGGGAGAGGAGAAUGCAUAAAUAGGACUAGAUGGUGGAGCUAAAAGUUGUGUUCAAAUUGUAACAAGUAAGGAACAACUUCAAAGACACCACAGUGUGAGAGUGGUAUUACUAUAAUUUAUGAUGUCAAAUAAUCCAGUUGUAAUGCAUUGAUGCUAUUACAUAUGCACUGUUCACAAAUGUUUUACCUACUUACUAUUCUGAGCAUAAGUAUGUCAUACAUUCAUUACAUUCCUUAUGACAAUAUUUAUUUUUUUAUUUGUUACUCUUUAUUAUAGUUAAAAAAUCUAGUCUCUCUGUUAAUGUAAAUAUGGAGCUAAAAUUGUUGUGUUAAUGGUGAAAAUUGCUGGAAUGUGUGAAUAAAGUUUAUCUUUUACAUUA